CCCCGGUGAGGGAAACGGAGGCGCCAUAGCCACGGUAGUCGUGGCGACCAAGCAACCCAGCAACGCCAGUCAACAACAACAACUGCGGCCGCCCCCCGCCCCCACGCCCCCGGCCCGGCCUGGGGACCCCGGCGCGCUCGGUCCCCUCUGCACAGCGCCCACGCACCUCCUCGAAGCCUUCCGCGGACACAAGUGCGGAGAAGCCGAGGAAGAGGAAAACCGCCUUAUUUAUUAUCAUUCACUGUUGGCAUGGCAACACAGUCCUAUGUUACUGAGCUACAGGCAGCCCCACAAGCAUCUCAGCCACCACAGGCCCCGCCCCAGGCCCCGCCCCAGGCCCCACCCCCAGCAGCACCCCAGCCUCCUGCUGCAGCAACCCCCCAGCCCCAGUAUGUCACCGAGCUGCAAAGCCCCCAGCCCCAGACGCAACCUCCGGGCAGCCAGAAGCAGUAUGUGGCAGAUCUCCCGGCUGCCCCUGCACCCUCGCGGCCUGCCACACCUGCCCCAUCCCCUGUGGCUCAGCAGUAUAUCGUGGUCACCGUCUCCGAAGGUGCCAUGCGGGCUAGUGAGACUGUGUCAGAAGCCAGCCCCAGUUCCACGGCAAGCCAGACUGGUGUCCCCACCCAAGUGGUACAGCAGGUGCAGGGCACCCAGCAGCGGCUGCUGGUCCAGGCAAGUGUGCAGGCCAAGCCAGGCCAUGUGUCACCCCUGCAGCUCACCAACAUCCAGGUGCCACAGCAGGCUCUCCCCACACAGCACCUGGUGGUGCAGAGCCCGGCGCCAGGCACUAAGGGUGGCCAGGUCUCCCUGACUGUGCACAGCACCCAGCAGGUGCACUCUGCCCCUGAGAGGUCACCAGUGCAAGCCAACAGUUCCACCAGCAAGACAGCUGGGACUCCUGCAGGCACUGUGCAGCAACUGCAGGUCCACAGCGUCCAGCAGAGUGUCCCUGUCACCCAAGAGAGGUCAGUAGUCCAGGCCACUCCGCAGACUAAAGCUGGCCCGGUGCAGCAGCUGACUGUGCAGGGACUGCAGCCGGUUCACGUUGCUCAAGAGGUACAGCAACUCCCGCAGGUGCCUGUCCCACACGUGUACUCCAGCCAGGUGCAGUACGUGGAAGGUGGCGACGCCAGCUACACAGCCAGCGCCAUCCGCUCUACCACCUACCAGUACCCUGAGACGCCAAUCUACACACAGACAGCAGGCACCAGCUACUAUGAGGCUUCAGGCACCGCUGCGCAGGUCAGCACGCCGGCCACUUCCCAGACUGUGGCCAGCAGCGGCUCAGUGCCCAUGUAUGUGUCCGGCAGCCCGAUUGUCGCCAGCUCGUCCAGCAGUGAGGCUGGAGCCAGCAACAGCAGUGUGGGUGCAGGGGGCAACGGGGGAGGCGGCAGCAGUGGCGGCGGCAGUGGCAGUGGCGGCAGCGGCAGUGGAGCAGGCACCUACGUGAUCCAAGGCGGUUAUAUGCUAGGCAACGCCGGCCAGUCUUACUCCCACACCACCCGUGCCUCACCAGCCACAGUCCAGUGGCUCCUGGAUAAUUACGAGACCGCUGAGGGCGUGAGCCUGCCUCGGAGCACCCUCUACUGCCACUACCUGCUGCACUGCCAAGAGCAGAAGCUGGAGCCGGUGAAUGCCGCCUCCUUCGGCAAGCUCAUCCGCUCGGUAUUCAUGGGUCUGCGCACGCGCCGGCUGGGCACCAGGGGCAACUCUAAGUACCACUAUUAUGGCCUGCGGAUCAAAGCCAGCUCACCCCUGCUGCGGCUGAUGGAGGACCAGCAGCACAUGGCCAUGCGAGGCCAGCCCUUCUCCCAGAAACAGAGGCUCAAGCCCAUCCCGAAGAUGGAGGGCGUGGCCAACGGUGUUGCCGUGGGGCAGCAGAGCACAGGGCUGUCAGACAUCAGCGCCCAGGUGCAGCAGUACCAGCAGUUCCUGGAUGCCUCCAGGAGCCUCCCUGAUUUUGCCGAGCUGGACCUCCAGGGCAAAGUGCUGCCUGAGGGUGUCGGUCCUGGGGACAUCAAGGCCUUCCAGGUCCUGUACCGGGAGCACUGUGAGGCCAUCGUGGACGUCAUGGUAAAUCUCCAGUUCACACUGGUAGAAACACUGUGGAAGACCUUCUGGAGAUACAAUCUUAGCCAGCCUAAUGAGGCACCACCACUGGCCGUGCACGAUGAGGCAGAGAAGCGGCUGCCCAGGGCCAGUCUGGUGCUCCUCUCCAAGUUCCAGCCUGUGCUUCAGUGGACCAAGCACUGUGACAAUGUGCUGUACCAGGGCCUGGUGGAGAUUCUCAUCCCUGAUGUCCUGCGGCCCAUCCCCAGUGCCUUGACCCAAGCAAUCCGGAACUUUGCCAAGAGCCUGGAGAGCUGGCUCACCCAUGCCAUGGUGAACAUCCCCGAGGAGAUGCUGCGGGCGAAGGUGGCAGCAGCUGGCGCCUUCGCACAGACGCUGCGGCGCUACACAUCGCUCAACCACUUGGCACAGGCGGCGCGGGCAGUGCUGCAGAACACUGCGCAGAUCAACCAGAUGCUAAGCGACCUCAAUCGCGUGGACUUUGCCAAUGUCCAGGAGCAGGCCUCAUGGGUGUGUCGCUGCGAGGACCGUGUGGUGCAGCGUUUGGAGCAGGACUUCAAGGUGACGCUGCAGCAGCAGAACUCACUGGAGCAAUGGGCAGCCUGGCUGGAUGGCGUCGUGAGCCAGGUGCUCAAGCCCUACCAGGGCAGUUCCGGCUUCCCCAAGGCAGCCAAGCUCUUCCUCCUCAAGUGGUCCUUCUACAGCUCCAUGGUAAUCCGAGACCUGACCCUGCGCAGUGCUGCCAGCUUCGGCUCCUUCCACCUCAUCCGCCUGCUCUAUGACGAGUACAUGUACUACCUGAUCGAGCACAGAGUGGCCCAGGCCAAGGGCGAGACCCCAAUCGCGGUCAUGGGAGAGUUUGCAAACCUGGCCACCUCACUCAAUCCCUUGGACCCUGACAAAGAUGAGGAAGAAGAGGAGGAAGAGGAGAGUGAAGAUGAGCUGCCACAAGACAUCUCGCUGGCAGCUGGCAGCGAAUCUCCCGCACUAGGUCCAGAAGCUCUGGAGCCACCAGCGAAACUGGCGAGGACUGACACUCGUGGCCUCUUUGUGCAGGCCCUGCCCUCCAGUUAAGCCUGAGACCUCCCUGCACCCCUCCACCCGCCCAACCUGCCGCUGCUGCCCCUCCAGGCCAGGGUCCAGUCCUGUUUUUGUGGCUUCACUGUCACCCUUCCAGCACAUGGCAGAGCUGGAGAGGGUCCCCUGACAGGGAAGGCUAGGAGAGUCUCCCCUCAUGGGGCUGGUACAAUCAUGGGCGGGGCUGGGCAGAACCGAAGCUGCAAACCCUGACACAAAAGACGUGCCUUAAGGAACCUGCCUAGGUGUCCCUCUUUCCUGCCCCAGCUCACAGCCCUGUCCCCCCCCCCACCACUACUGACCCAGAGGGCAGCAGGCCAGCUCCUCCCCUGCGGAACUGUUAACUUAUUCUGCUCUCUGGCUUUGCACAGCCUGCCUGGGCAGGCGCAGGUGGGUAGCACCUUGGGACCCCCACUGUCAGCAGCAGUACCCCACUGCUCCCCUUUCUUGGUAUAAGUGCAAUUAAAGCUGUGGGUGUUGCACCUUCUCCAGAGCUGGGUUCUCCUGGCCCCGCAGCCCAGAGAGGGGCAUAUUGCGAAGGGCCCCGGCCUCCAGCUUCCAAAGAGGAGCAUCCGGCUGGCUGUAGGGCCAGGUGCUCCAGACCCAAGGCCUCCUCGCCCUGCGCCUUCCACCCCAUCAGCUUGUGACGGAAACCUGCUCCCAGAGAUGCUUCUCCUCCGUGCAGUGCCCCGCCCCGCCCCGCCCCCGUAACUAUUGUGUGACUAGUGAGUGCCGCUUGAGCGGCGACAGUAACUUGUUGGUUUUUUCCAACCAUCAUGGCCUUAUCCGUUCCUGUUUUCUCAGUGUCUUCAAUCUGUGAUAGAUGUUUAUGGAGAAAAAGAAAAUCUGGCCUAUUGUAUAGAAAUCACUAUUUUGUGUGCUCCGCGUGCUACAGCUUUUGGGGUGGUCCUGCACACUCCCCAUGGGCCUCCCUUCCCAGUGGUCGAAGUAUCCACGCGCGUGGUAGUUUAGUGUGCUGUUUUCUACCUUUUUGUAGUCUUUCUUAAAACAAUAAAUACUGCUGUGAUCUUUG